CAUCGACAACUUUCUUUCCAGGCAUCUCCACCAAACAUAUUCUUGCACUCGCCGCAUCACCUGAACCUGAAGGUUGAUGUGUGUGUUUAAGAAGCUUCCUUCAUUCUACAGAACGUGUUCAUUUCUUCUACGUGGUAGUGUCACCUUAUGAACAUGAACCACAGGUAAACUGCACUCCCUUUGAACAGACAAGCGACGUUUGGCCCCUGGUUGAUUGAGUGGACGAGGCUUGGAAUAACAAUAACUCCUUCCCAACAUGCCCUCUCUGCUACAUGCGGCACUAUUGUGCUCAACUCUCCUCCACCAGGCCACGGCCUUCUACCUGCCCGGCGUGGCCCCUUCCUCCUACUCCCUAGGCGAUCGAGUUCCCCUCACCGUCAAUGCCCUGACUCCAUCGAUAUCGCGACACGACGAACAAAUCCAUGCGGUUGUCGCAUAUGAUUACUACCACCCCGCUUUUCGCUUUUGCCGUCCGGAAGGUGGCCCUCAAUGGGUGAGAGAAUCCCUGGGAAGCAUCAUCUUCGGCGACCGCAUCCGGACGUCUCCCUUUGAGUUGUUCAUGGGCAAGAAUGAGACAUGCAAGACAGCUUGCCGCAGUCAAGCUUUUGAAGAACGGUCGUCUCAAUUUGUCAGUUCGAGAAUUGAGGAAGCCUACAACGUCAACUUGUUGGUGGAUGGCCUCCCUGGAGCCGAGUUGAGAGAAGACCCUCUUACCCACGAGCGAUUCUCCAGCCCCGGUUUUCCCUUGGGAAAGGUGCAAGAUGACGGGACUAAGAUCUUGCAUAACCACUACGACAUCAUCAUCGAUUACCACAGGGCUGGCCUGCGAGGCACACAAUACCGCGUCGUCGGAGUUCUCGUUCAGCCUUCGUCCCUCAAGGACAACAAAAACACCGCAGAUACAAAAGCCGAGUGUGCAAAUCCGGGCUCUGCCCCCUUGGUGAUUGGAGGAAAGAAAGAGACACGCGUCACCUACACCUACAGUGUCUACUGGCGACCUUCGCAGACUGCGUGGGCGACCAGGUGGGACAAAUAUCUGCACAUUAUUGAUCCCAAGAUUCACUGGUUCUCCCUGAUCAAUUCGACAGUUUUUGUGGUGUUUCUUGUGGGCAUGGUCAGUACCAUCUUGAUCCGCGCACUGCGAAAGGACAUUGCCAGAUACAAUCGCCUGGAAAACAUCAAUCUUGACGACCUCUCUGGCACCUCGGCGGCUGAGGACGACAUCCAAGAAGAUUCGGGCUGGAAAUUGGUGCAUGGCGAUGUCUUUCGCAGCCCUCGUUACCCACUGCUCUUGAGCGUCUUCCUCGGAAAUGGCGCUCAAUUGUUCGUCAUGACUGGUGUGACGGUUGCCUUUGCCAUGCUGGGAUUUCUCUCCCCAUCGAACCGCGGCUGGCUGACCACAAUCAGUCUCCUGCUUUACACCUUCUUUGGAUGUAUCGGUGGAUAUGUUUCUGCUCGAAUCUACAAGUCAUUUGGAGGCGAGAACUGGAAGGCCAACAUCGCGCUCACCCCAGUCUUUGUCCCUGGUGUUGUCUUCCUCAGCUUCUUCUUCCUGAACCUCUUUGUCUGGGCCAAAGGCUCCAGUGGGGCAGUCCCGCUCACCACUAUGCUCGCCAUCAUCGCCAUUUGGUUCGUCAUCAGCGUGCCACUGAGCGUCGCGGGUGCGUGGUACGCCUUCCGACAGCCACGCAUCGAAAGUCCAACCAAGACCAACCAAAUUCCUCGCCAAAUUCCCCCGGUAGCAACUUCCCUUCGGCCACUGCCCUCUCUUCUUCUCACAGGCAUCCUCCCGUUCCUCGCCAUCUUCGUUGAGCUGUACUUUAUCAUGACCUCGCUUUGGACCAGCAAAAUCUACUACAUGUUUGGCUUCCUCUUCAUCUGCUAUGGUCUGAUGGUUCUCACCUGCGCGUGCACGACCAUCCUGCUGGUGUACUUUCUCCUCUGCGCGGAAGACUACCGGUGGCAUUGGCGUGCCUUUCUCGGGGCGGGCAUGACUGGCGGGUACGUCUUCGUCAACGCACUCGGAUUCUGGAUGACGCGGGUCAGUUUCGGGGGACUCACGGGAGCGGUCCUCUACGUCGGCUAUUCAGCCUUGAUUGGGUUUCUCGUGUUUGUGCUGACUGGCACGAUCGGAUUUGCGGCUUCAUAUGAAUUCGUGCACAAGAUUUAUGGCAGUAUCAAGGUGGACUGAGGCGACUGAUUCGUCCACAUCUGUUUGACAUGACGAAUGACAGCAAUUUAUCGGAACUAUGGACUUGCACCAUCGACGUAUGAACUCGUCAUGUCCUGUGGAGUUAUUUUGACGUUUAAGGGAGGGCGAAAUCAAGAUGUCUUUGGUCAUGAUAUGAAAACCCUACGCGAUGUAGGCGAGAAGACAUGAAGGAGAUUUCUGCCUUAUCCGGAGCCAAAUCACAUUGCUGGGUUGUUCUGCAAUGAGACAGGAACUUAGUCAGCUCACUAUUUGCCAUGGGGUGUUGCAGUUGUACAAGAAGGGCUACAAUAUUGCGGGACGGGAUCAGAUGUUGCGUAGACGUAGCUAUCCAGGAAAUACUGUGGUGGAAAUAUUGCGACAAGGACUCGAAUGGGCCCUGAGUCGGCAGGCUUUAAGGACGGGUCGUACCAUGUGACGCCGAGGAAACGGAAUGGAUCUGACAACUACCUACGGAGUAUCAGGUAGGUUAGCCAGUCCUGGGAGUCCGGCGUCAGCCAAAGGCCGAGGGGUGCAUUGGGGGCUGAAAGGGCGUCUGGGGCUAUGACGAAGCCAAGGAUUGGGUUCCGAAAGUUAGGUACUGGCUUGCAGGUACCGGAGAUCCCCAGAUCGUCCAGGUUGAUGUUGGUAGGGAAAGUGAAAAGGCAAUUACAACGAUGCGCUAGGGACUGUAGUCGCCUUUUGUUGGAACGACAGCUGUCUUUCAUAACCAGUAUGUGUGAAUUCAAGUGGACCGACGUCAAAGGCUGAAAGCGAC